UUUUCAGAAGGCCCUGAGGGUCUGUUGCUGAGCGUCGCCGCUGAUUUCGCAUUUCUCCCAUCUUAGCUCCUCGUGUGGUUCGCACUCUACAACUCUGUUGGGUCUUUCAGAUUUGGCUCUCGAGAGGUUGGAAGCAAUGGGAGCAGCUGCAUUGAACGCGGGGGCGAUUUGUGCAGUCUCGGGGAUCGAGACUCUAUCUUGUAGCGCAGCCGCAUCGUCGUCAAUGGCCCCUGUGUCCAAGGCAUCGUUCUUCGUCGGCAAUGGGGGCGGGCGGAAGCUUGUUGCAUUGCGGGGCGUAGAAGCUUUGGGGAGUAUUGCGAGGAGGAGCAUUAAGGUCGUCGGGGCCAUUGACAGGAACUCGACAACCACCUCAACAACCGCGCCGGCGGAGGUUCCCACUUCCACUUCCACAUCCGAGGAGGCAGAGGUUCUGAUCGAGAAGAGGUACUCCGCAUUCCCUGCUGCUUUGGGAAUCGAUCAGAUUAUGGAUAUCCUGCCGCACAGAUUCCCGUUCCUGUUGGUGGACAGGGUGAUCGAGUACAAUCCAGGGGAGUCGGCUGUUGCCAUAAAAAAUGUGACUAUCAAUGACAACUUCUUCCCUGGUCACUUCCCCCAGCGGCCCAUCAUGCCUGGGGUGCUCAUGGUAGAGGCUAUGGCGCAAGUAGGAGGUAUUGUAAUGUUGCAGCCGGAUGUGGGGGGCUCAAAGGAAUCGUUCUUCUUCGCUGGAGUAGACAAAGUGCGUUUCCGCAAGCCAGUCAUUGCAGGUGAUACCCUCCUGAUGAAGAUGAAGCUUACUAAGUUGAACAAGAGGUUCGGAAUCGCGAAGAUGGAGGGUCAAGCCUACGUUGGUGGCGAAUUGGUGUGUGAAGGGGAGUUUAUGAUGGCUCUGGGUAAGGCUGAGUGACCAAUCGGCAGCAUGAAAUCGACAUUCUGAUAUUCUUAAAGAUUUCUUAUAGUUUCUGCGUUUUCGUGAGUUGAUUGCAGCUGCUCCACCUCCUUCCAUUACUCACCUGCUGCUUGUAAUAUACAUUUCGUUUUUGGUGUCGAACUUCAAAAUUUGAGGGUCAUGAAAUAUUGUGGUUCAUAUUGAUAGAAUGUUGAGAUUGAGGUUGUUGCAGCCUCCUAUUACAAAGUUUCAAUGUUUGAACA